UUCUAAUCUAUCUCCGCUUCCAGUUUUUUGUAUUGUCAAUCGGAAUUUCAGUUUUCAAGUAUGGCUGAGGGAUUAGUUACUGGUCUCAUAGAUCAGUUGGCUUCAAUUGCUGAUCGGGAGGCGGAACGAGAGACAAGGUUGGUCGUCGGCGUUGGCAAAGAAAUCCGAAUGCUUGAAGGCAAUCUACGAUCCGUGAAGGCGGUGCUCAAUGAUGCUGAGAAAAGAGAAUUGAAGGAUGGAGCUGUGAAACGUUGGUUAAAACGGCUCAACGACGUAUGCUACGAGAUCGACGACGUAGUGGACGAGUUGAACACUGAGUUGAUUAAAUCAGCAAUUCAGAAAGAAGAAGAAAAUACUGUUCCUAUUGUGCAGAAGAAGAAGGUAUGCUCCUUUAUCUCCUCCCCUUCACGUUGUUUUGAUAAACUUGCUAGACGUCAUGUCAUCGCUCGCAAGAUAAAAGAUCUGAAUGAAAUAUUAGAUGAGAUUUCCAAAGAAAAAGAUGGGUACACGUUUCAGUUAACUAAUGACGCUGCCCCUAAAAUAGUUGAGCAGCCGCAAACUAUCUCCCUUGUUGAUGUGCCUGAAAUAUAUGGUCGUGAUAGGUAUAGGGAUGAACUAAUGAGGUUGCUAUUGGAGAAUGAUGGGGUCCGUUGGGAACAAGUAAGAAGUCCCUUUGUCAUCUCUUUAGUGGGCAUGGGUGGUAUUGGAAAAACUGCUCUUGCCAGACUAGCCUACAAUGAUCCUAAUGUGCAAGCCCAUUUUGAGAUAAAAGGGUGGGUUUGUGUUUCUGAUCCUUUCGAUCAAUGCAAGGUUGCCAAAGCAAUCAUUGAAGCCUUUGGAGGUGGAUACCCCUUUAUUACUGUAUUGCAAAGUCUAUUAGAAAAAAUUUAUGAAAUCAUCAGUGGAAAGAAGUUCUUUCUUGUCUUAGAUGAUUUGUGGACUGGGGACUUCACAAUUUGGGAGACAUUUAGACUUGCACUCAAAUAUGGUGUCCAAGGUAGUAAAAUUCUAGUCACCACAUGUGACAUUAACGUUGCGAAGAUGAUUGCAAGUGAGUUUAUAAUCAAUUUGGAGGUUUUGUGUGAUGAAGAUUGUAUGCUUUUGUUCUGUAAAACAGCAUUUUUUGGAAAAAAUUCUAAGGAACAUAAUUAUCCAGAAGACCUUAGCAGGAAAAUAGUGAUAAAGUGUCAUGGCUUGCCACUUGUGACAAAGAUUCUAGGGGGUCUCAUGCACUUCAAGGGAAGUAGAGAAGAAUGGGUGAGUGUUUUGGAUAGCAAUUUAUGGGAAUUAGAAGAUGUGCAAAUAGGUCUUUGGGCACCAUUGUUAUUAAGUUAUUUUGAUUUGUCCUCACCAUUGAAACGGUGUUUCUCAUAUUGUGCCAUCUUUCCGAAAGAUUAUGUGUUUUCUGUUGAUGAGUUGGUAUUUAUGUGGAUGGCACAAGGAUAUAUUGAGUCAAAGGCAAAUAUGGAAAUCGUGGCAAGAGAAUACUUUGAAAAUUUAGCCAUUCGUUCUUUUUUCCAAGAUUUCACACAAGAAGAAUAUGAUGGCAAGAUAGUAAUGAGGUGCAAAAUGCAUGACAUAGUGCAUGACUUUGCACAAUUGUUGUCAAAAAAAGAAUGCUGCACAGUCAAUAGUGAGAUGGAGUUGCAAUCAAAUUAUGAAUAUGCUCGCCAUUUGCAUCUAGAAAUUCCUAGAGCAGCCCAAUUUCCUGUGUCCAUCUAUAGAGCAAAGCUGCGCACCCUCAUUUUUGUAUAUCGAGGUGACUAUAACUUAUCUGAUGUAUUCCAGCAUUUAAGAUGUUUACGGACGUUAACUUUGUAUUUUCCAGAUGCUAUGUUUAAAGAACUUCCAAAUGAAAUGGGAUAUUUAAUACAUUUAAGGUACCUCAAAUUAGUUAAUUAUCGUGGAGGUGGAUUGCCCGAAACCAUAUGUAAUCUAUGCAAUUUACAAUUGCUGGAGAUUAAUUUUUGUAGUGAUAGGUUUAAGAAAUCACUGCAAGGGAGUAAUCUAAGUCAUCUUAUUUGGGAUGAUCCUUCUUUUACAUGUUUAGAUUUUCCAAGAGGGAUUGAGAGGAUGAUUUCUCUAAAAACAAUAAGUAAUAUCAGCAUAAGUGUUAAGGAUGACAGCAAAGGCUGUGGUCUGGGAGAAUUACAAAAUUUCAACCACCUUAAAGGGGCUUUUCAAAUAAAAGGAUUGGGGCACAUGGUAGAUGCACGUGAGAUUGAGAAUGCACAGCUCAAGAAAAAGACAGGCCUUCAUACUUUGAAACUAUGUUUUAACAGAUGGGAUGGUAAGGAUACAGGAAGGAAGGACGAUGCAUUAGUUCUAAAUGCCUUAGAGCCUCCUCCAAACUUGGUAUAUUUACGCAUUGAAGAUUACCAGGCCACCAGAAUGUCUUCUAAUUGGAUGAUGUCCUUGACCAAAUUGAAAAUGCUUUUUCUUCAAUGCUUCAUAGAGUUAGAGUGUUUGCCUCCAUUGGGGAAGCUGCCAUUCCUGGAAUCAUUAAGGAUAUUGGAAGCAAAUAGUUUGAAAAAAGUGGGUGUUGAGUUUUUGGGGAUAGAACCUGAAGAGAAGAAAGACAAUAUAAUAGUAUUCCCAAAUUUGAAAUCUCUCAUAUUUGAAAGGAUGUGGGUUUGGGAAGAAUGGCUUGGGAUUGAAAGAGAAGAAGAGGAAGAAGAAUGUAUUAUUACUCUAAUGCCAUGUCUUCAAGAGUUAAAAAUUCGGCACUGCCCAAAGUUAAAGUCGCUUCCGGACUUCUUUCCUACAACUCCGUCGAAGAAUUCGGAUAUGAAUAAUAGUCAAAUUCUCAAGGAACAUGUUGAAAGGGGGACGGGAAGACUGGCCCAAGAUUUCCCACAUCCCAACAUCCAGAUUGAUGAUUGGAGUAUGUGCACAGAGGUAGACAGUGAAGAUGAAGAAGAGGACCUUUGAUCUCUGUGUUUCUGGUCUCAUGAAUUUUAGGCUCAAGUUGAGAUUUUUGGAUGAUGAUGGUGAAAGAUGAUUUUUAUUUGUGGGCAAAGUUCAUUCUCGGUGUGAUUCAAUAUUGCAAGUUUAAUUCAGUCAUGGUUCAAGCUCUAUGUUUUGGCUCAUAAUCAAGAACAGUUUAAAACAUUUGCAUAGAAUUGAUAAUCAAGAGUGUGGCUUGAUCAUUUUCAUGAGGUUGCCAGGUUGCAGGUUUCUAGUUCCACAAUGAAUUUCGCUGGUUGAAAGGUGUUGGUCUCUUCACAAUUAUUGUUGGUGAGAGAUUAUUCACUUGGUACAAAACUCAAAUUCUAGUAUGCUGCGAAGCAUAUUUUGUACUCGAGCAAAUUUUAACACAUGGUUGAACUUCUAAGAAAGACCUACGGAAGAAACUCCACCAUUUUGUAGUGGUACCAAAGCUUGCAUAUCACAUGACAUGGUGAAACAUGAAAGGAGAGCAUUGUGCAGUUCUUCAUUGUUGAUUUAAAAAAAAAAAAAAAAGGGUGGUUCUGCCUCUACUGUGUCGGUGGAGAUAUUGGGGAGAGAGAGAGGAAGAAGAAUGCGACGUUGGAAACUGGAAAGAGAAUGAAGUAAAACAAUAAUGAGAAAAACUGUGGUUGAUGUUCCUUUUUUUUUUAAGCCUUUAAAUGAAAUAUUUGCCAUCUGCUACUGGAGGAAGUAGGAGAUUUUAAAAUGGAGGUGAGCCUCUCCCAUUACAGACUUACAGAUUAAAAGACCAGAACUAUUAGAAGGAAGCUCUAACAGGGUCAGAAGACAUUCUGGAGAAGAAUAUCGCAAAU